AGGAUUUAAGAAAUAUGGGAAAUCCUCCGAAGGAUCUACGUGAUAUUUAUUGGAACUCUUAAAAUUUCUUGAACAGUAUAAGGAAUACUGGAACCAAAGAUACAGACAUGUCAUAUAACUCCAUUAUGGGAGACCUUCUCCUGACCAAUGCAGCAACUUCAAGAGGAGAUUAUGCAAAAAAUAAGAAGGUUUCGUGGAUUGUGAAAUCCUCAAGGAAUAUAGUCUAUGUAAUGAAGCGAUUUCAAUACCUAAUUCUGAGAUGUUUUUCUCCAUGGCUGCUAUACAACACAUUUAUUCUGGAAAAGAUACCAAAACUCAAAGCCCAUAGUUCUUGUAACACAUAUAACUGUGGCAAUUCCUCAUUAACAUGUUCUUUAAAUGCGGACAUCAUGAAAGAAAGAAGCAGAGUAUUUCAUUUAGAAAAUGAAAUGGGAAAUUUUGAUCCAGAAUGUGAAACUACACAUACACAUGAAAACAAUUACUCUUCUACAACACUGUUGCUGGAUGAAGUGUGUGAGAGAAAAGACCAGUGUUAUGUUGCUGAGGAGUUGGAUGUUAGCUUCUUGGAAUUGUCAGACAGUGAGGAAGAUUCUGAUCUAGAAGUGGAGAAUAUGGAAUACGAAAUGUCCUUUAACAUAGAGUCGCCUAAUGAAACAGAGGAGUCGUAUAGACAGAGAGGCAAACAUCGCCAAGAUAGUAUUGUCAUUGAAGUCUCUGACACAGAAGAAGGAAUAACAACUCCAAAGGGGACAGCCAGGACAUAUUGGUCUAGUUCUUGUUUUGAUAGAGAUUAUACCAGUCCAAUUGACACAGAUUUCAAUUCUAAACAGCAAACGUACCAGCAUCCAAUUUUUACUAGUAAUUCUUUGGAAGAGAGACAGAGAAAAGUUUUCUGUGACUCUGAGUCCAAUCAGUGGGACAGUCAAGAUAGUUCAUUUUACUCCAACAGUUUUGUCUCAUCGGGAGGAUUGCAUUCUCUGAAGUUUCAAGAAAAUCUUGAUUGUAAAGAGUACCUUCGUGUUUCAGAGAAAGUUAUUUGUUGGGAAGAAAACGCUUAUGUUGAUAUGUCUGAACAUGAUGUGAAUUGUAUUGUUGAAAACAUAACUGAAAAUUUCCAUUCAUCUCAAGAACAGAAAAGUAUAAAACCCUUACCUGAAAAAUUAAAAGGCAAAGUUGAUUUUGAAGAUCUUAUUCAACAUGAUGUCAAAAAUGAAAUUCAUCCUUUUUUGUGCAUUAUGCUUUGUGCUUUUCUCUUGAAUCUAAGUGUAAUAGCUGCAGUCUUUACACAGUCUAAAGAAAAUGUUCUCAAAUUUCAAGUGGAGACUCUGAAGAAAAAAAAGAAGAAAAGGAAGAUAUUACAUGUAUCUAAGAGAAAGAAACGACAAAGGCAAAGAAUUCUAAGAGAAAUCAUUAACUGGCAGAUAAGUCUAAGAAGAAAUACAACUGUUAUGUAUGAUUUCCAAACCCAGAAUAUUUACCCAUCCAGAACAACGGGAAACACAAGACUAAAUCAGAUAGCUAACGAAGGCUUGGAGGGUGGAGAACGUAAUGAUAUAGUACAGAGUCGACCCGCAGAGGCAGAUCCAAGUAUUGGGGAACAGAUGCAGAAUGGGAUACUUAAUGGCAACUUUGCAACAUUUCCCAGGUAUGUAGCAGAAAGAAAUCAAACUGGAAAUAUGGAUGCCAAUAGGCAGUUCUACUCCAGUCCCACAAUGGGGACAGAGAGACCUCAGGUUGACCCCCUCACAAGGUCCCUACCAGCUAUUUACACAGUUGUGCCACAGGUGGGGGAUAUAUCGGUCACUGAGGCCCUCCCAGUCAUAGAAGAGAGUGAGAACUCCAGUUUGCGGAGCACAGAAAAUAAUGCUGUCCCUUUAUCAGAAGAGGGGCAGUCACAGGGGAGGACAACAGAGGAGGCAAUUUCUAAUCCCUCCCACCCUUCAGUACCCCCAGAAGCAGAUGGUGCAUCUAUGACAUCAACAGAGACCCUCAGUAGCUUCUUCAGCAGUGUCUCACUGUCAUCUGUUGAGGAAGACGAGGCGUUCCGAUACGAGUGGAUCAGACUGAAGACUUUCUCCAGCUGGCCCCUGACGUCCCUUUUCUCCACGGUAAUGGCUCGUGGUGGGUGGGUGGCACUGGGGGAGGGUGAUGGAGCCAGAUGUUACAGCUGUCAUGUUGUCCACGAGGGAUGGAAGAUUGGUGAUAAUCCAUUAGAUUUCCAUGAUAGACACUGCAGAUUUCUACAAAGUGUGUCCGAUAAUGUCCCCAUUAUUCGGGAGGAACCUACUCCUACUCUAAGAACAAUAGAGAGGGACCGUGAGAGACUCCCUGAGAGCAGUGAUGUAGUACCCCAGGGAAACGUGACACAGCAGGUGCCCCGGUCUGAGGAGGAGAACAGAAACAUUGUGAUGAAUCUGAUGUCUAAAGACGUCGGGGAACCUUUCCAGGAAGAGAGAGGGAACCUGGUGGCUGUGAGCAGUAACCCGCGGGAUGUGACAUCACACUCAGAGGUCAGCUGUAACCCGAGGGACGUGACUCCAAAUUUAGAGAACUCAGAGAGACCUCCUGCUUAUAAUUCAUCGUACACAUCCAGACCUCCUCCCCAACUAGUUGCUCCUGUGGAAUCUAACCCCGUACUGAAGCAUAGCCCCUCAAAUCCACAGGGUUAUUCUGCAGCAGGCCCCCCACCCCUACCCUCAGGUAGAGAGGCUCAGUUAGAGGCACUGAGGAGGGACCCCAUGGGGAUUAAUUUCGACCGCCCUAAGUACCCGUCCUACGCCAUUCUAGCUGUCCGAAUCAGCUCCUUCACUGAUUGGCCGGCAUCUAUGACACAAACUCCACGUGACAUGGCCCUGGCCGGGUUCUUCUACGCUGGAUAUGGAGACUAUACCCGUUGCUUUUUCUGUGGAGGGGGACUGAGGAACUGGGAGGCGGGGGACGACCCCUGGGUUGAGCAUGCUCGCUGGUUCAGUAAAUGUGCGUUCGUGCGACAGAAUCGUGGACAACAGUUUAUUGACCUUGUUCUGAGACGAGCAGCGGAGAUGGAGGAACAGAGGUCACAGGAUGAAGCGGGAAACUCGCAGACAAACACACAGACAAACACACAGACAAGUAAUGCUGCCCAGGCUCUGUCUAAGGAGGAGAAGAUCAUGAAGUCGGCGGCUGUUAUCAGCAUCAAGGACAUGGGGUACAGCGAGGAGACGAUUAAAACAGCCAUCACCACCAUCAAAAGCAGGCUACCCAGAGGGAAACACAAGGUCUCUGCUCAAGAAAUCUUGGAGGUCAUAUUUGAAUUGGCGGACAGUCAGAGAGCAUCAGAAAAUUCCAGCAGCCAAUCAGAGCCACAGAGAAAUGUUGACCAAUCAGAAUCCUCCUCCACACCUGCUGUCCAAUCAGAAGCUAUCACAGAGAAUGUUACAAAUAAUAUCAGCCAAUCAGCUUCCACAACAGAUAAGACUGACCAAUCAACAGGUGAAGAGACUGCAACAACAGGAGCUUCUAAUGCAGGUGAAGCUGGCACUGGAGAAAAUAUUUCCAAUUUUUUAUCUAAUCCUACUUUUGAUGAAUUGACAUCCUUGAGACAGGAGAACACGAGUCUGAAGGACCAGAUUAUCUGCAAGAUAUGUAUGGAGAAGAACGUGUCCAUUGCCUUCCUGCCGUGUGGUCACUUGGCCUGCUGUGCCGACUGUGCUCCUGCCAUGAGGAAGUGUCCCAUCUGUAGGGAGUUUGUCAGGGGCACUGUCAAAACCUAUCUUGUAUAAACUUUCAGAGGUGUGGGGAUUUAUGAAGAGGUCCUUUCAAAACUUUUUAGGUCACCUAGUGAUUCAGGUGACCUAUUGCUAUCUGUUUCCAUCUGUCGGUGUGUAGCACUGUGUACCAUGCAUCAGUCCAAAACUUUGAAACUUUGAACAUUUUCCACUUCUGUUCUUAACCCGAGGGCUUUGCAAAGAAUUGAUAUUGAGCUUUUUAUUUCAUAGGAAGUGUAAGUUUAGGUAAACUAUAUUAGAUAAAAGAUAAACUGGGAGAAAAAGCCAGUAAUACAAGUCAGGAUAAGUCACCUUCAGAAAAAUGAGUCCAUCAUAUCCUCUGAAGUUACCAUUUUGCUUCAGUUUGAGAUUCAAUUUUGUUGCCUCUUCCCAUAUACUGUUACUGUUUAUGUGAACAAACACCAUAUAUCAGGGAUGUGUUAUAGAGUUAAGCAUAAUCAUUUCAACACAAAGUUAGACCACAGUGUUAAACAUGGAAUUAAAAAAGAAUCUUGCCUCAGUUUGAACAUUUUGUGCUAGCUAAAGAACUAAAGUAAAUACUAGGUCAAAAUUACCCUAACCUUCAAAAUGUGCAAAGCCAUGUCAAUUCUAAUUGUUAUUGAAAAGGAUAUGUAAUGAUCAUUCAGGCUUCUAAAAUUUACAAAGAUGAUGAAUAUGGAUUGAAAAAAUCAUGCUUAGGUGACAUUGAUGAUUGGGACAUGAAAUUCUCUAAAUUAGUGAAAACUUGAAUUUAAAGUGUUAGUUAAUCUACAGGGACUUUUGUCAUCUAAAGAAAAAACUUUGAGUAAUGUGAAUUACAGAUCAAAAUAUAUUAGUUAAAUUUAGGCUCAAUUUAUCAAAGUUUGAUAUUUUGGCCAUUUCUUCAUGUGUGUGAAUUUAUUAGGCAAAGUGUAAUAGAACAUGUAUUUGUUAUGAGUAUAUGAAAACUAUGGUAAACUUAUGACAUUAUGCUAUCAAGUCACACCUUAUUUAUGAAUUAACAAUUUUAAUUGUUGGAUAUUUAAAAAAAAUUGAGUCUUAUUUUUUUUAUAUAAUGAAUAGUUAUUAUUCUGAAAAAAAAUCUACAUAUACAUGUUAUAACAAGUAGAGAUUUGUAUGUUUUACUUUGUUAAGUACUUAAAACAUUUAUACUCUUCCAAUUAAAUACCACAAAAAAUUUUCAAAAAUUUUGCAUGGCAAUUAGCCAUACAAGUUCAAGAACUGUAACUCGACUUUUAAAUAAAAGUAUAAUCAAUUAUGAAUAGCUUUUUUGACAAGCAGAGUCACUUUUAAAAAUUUUCAAGGUGAGGUUAAAAGUAUUGAUCUAACCUAUCAUAUGAUAGGGACUGAACGCUGUAUAGGGGCACACAUUCCUUUUCAUUUUUCCUUUCACAAUUUUUGCAUUUUUAGCUUGCUAUUAUUGCAACUUGUGACACUGACAAAAUAUUGCUUACAAGAUUAUGGAGAAGGUUAGUCACAUGGAAAAGAAAAGAAUCAUAACUGCUCUGCAAUUUCCGUGAAUGGGUUUCUCUCUGAAAAAGGCUGAGUAGUUAUGAAUGGGAAAGAAAAAAGGGCUUGCAGUAGUUAAUUGCCGCAAGAGAACUCUGUGUUGGUGUUUUGUCAUUUUUAUGUGUAUGUUAGAUCGGGAUAAGUUUGAAACAGACCAGUUGACAUGGGUAGAUAAAGGCAUUGUGUAGGAGGGGUGGGGAAAUUCUGUAUCAAACUGUGGAGGGAGUCAAUAAAUGUGUAAUGAAAAAAGACCUUUUUUUUAUCAAAAAUUUAAAUUAUUUCUUAUAUUCUAUAAUAGAGACCCAUACUGCUUUGAACACUGAAGUAAGUACAGUGUAAUUUGAAAGAGGAAAAAUUAUGAUGGCAUUAAGAAAAAUAUUUUUUGCAUUUAGUAACAUUAAAAGUCAAUAUUCUAUAAGACAGAGACCCACCAUACAUAGAAUGUACUGCUUGUGGAGCAUUCUGGGAUAUAUUGAGGACAUGGUAAGUUUGCAAUAACAGACUCUGAUCUGUUUCAAGGUUUAGUUCGGAAUGAAGGUGUGGCAUAUUUGCCACCCUGGUGUUUCUAAUUUGCUAGUCUCCUCAUGAAAUCCCUGGCCUAUCCAAUCUCACUGUGAUAAUCUUGCAUUAGUGACAGAAGUAAAUAGUGGGGUUUUUUUUUAAAUGAAAAAUUGAAGUAUUUAAAGAAUAUUUAACAUGCUAAUAAUAAAAUCCAAUCACAACUGGAUAGUAUGAUAGGCCAGUGGUUUGUGAGGAGUGUGGUGGAUCAGAAACAUCUGGCUAGCCAAGAUGGAAGGUUGACACUUAUCUUUUCUUUUUUUUUCAGAUUUCUUAAUUUGAUUUUAAUAUGCAAUUGAAUUUUCUAAGUUUUGCUUAUUCAAGAGGAUUCUUUUGAAUCACUGUCUUUUCUAAGUCUUCUUUGUAAUUUCCUGCUAUAUAAUGAGAGUCCUCUAUUAAUUUUGAUUAUUAGUUACAUGUAUACAUUGUCUUAAAAAAUGAUUCAUGUAGAACAAAAUGAAUCUCUUGUAGCAUAUGAGUGUCCAAUUUGAUUGAUAAAUGCCUUCUUUUUUUUUGUUCUGUCUGUCUGUCUGCAACAAUUUAACGUCCACCAUAACUUUUGUUUGUGCAAGGGCCUAAAUAUUUCAUGUGUAUUCCUUGCUUUAAGACCUUUCAUUUUCGACCUCAUGACCUUGACCUUGGAAUUUGACCUACUUUUUAGAAAACGUUAACCAUGGCCUCGGGACAACAUUGUUUUACAAACACAUCUUGUUUUACAAUGUAUGUGAACAAAUCUGACUUAAAGCAAGGGUGAGGUAGUAGCCUUUGAAAAGUUCACGUUUGACAUGAGUUGUAUGUGAUACUUAGAAACACAUUGUAUGUCUUGAAUUCUAAUAUUUUUGAGAUAUUGAAUUUGAUUUUUUAUUUUACCUUUUAUUGAUUUUAUGGAUUUCAUAAGCAUUGUGCUUUAAAUAAUUAUGUAGUAAUUGAGGUGGGACUGAGGGUUUUGGCUCCAGUAGCUCAUUGGUUAGAGCAUCUGACUAGUAAUGCUAGGAUCUGUGGUUCAGUUCCCUGUGUGUUUAUGAAUUUUCAAUGUAUGUAAACUCUACCCUCGAUUGCAUACAUCAAAUAUUUUAAUAGGAAACUGUUUUAAUAAAUAUUAACUUGGAUUGUUGUAAAGAAUAUUCAUUGAACCUGUAAUAACUAAUGGAGUUUUUAUUUCUUUCCCUAACAUUGUUUUAAAUGUUUAGAUUUUCUUAUGAUAACAUUUGUCUAUUGUAUUGUGUUUUAUAAGCAUAGUGAAAAACAUAUACAACACAGUUAACAUAAAUACAUGUUGCUUGUUAUGUAAAUGUUUUAUUUGCUCUAUUUUGUGGAUCAACAUUAUGGAAAAAGGACUAAAGAUGUACAUUGAUUUCAUAUUGUACUAAUGUACUAAAAGGUAGAUGUGAUUGUCAGCUAUUAAUACCCUUUAUAUAUUUAAACAGGUGUAUUUGUGCUUAAUAAUAACUAUACAAUUAUAUUUUGAAAAGGUAGCAGUGAAAUUGUUUUAAACUUAAGGAUUAUAGCAUAUUCACUAAAAUGUGAAUUGUUAAUAUUAUGUUUAUGAGUUACCAAUUUUCAGUAAACAGGUACAGGUAAUGAUGAAAAGAAAAAAAAUCAUAGUUCCUGUAUAGAAAUUAAGUUCAUAAAUAUUGUCCUGAUAUUUGUUCUUUUUUUAUGUAAUUUACAGCAUAGGUAAUGUUUGCACUUUCGCACUUUCAUUCUAGUUAUGGUUAUGGGUUCUUGGGGAAGGGUAUGGAUAAUGUGAGUAUAUAGAGUCCAGGGUUGUUCCUAAGACCUAGGGGCCGGGGAAUUUUCCCGCCUUUAAUGAUUAAUCCCACGGUUAUUUGCCAAUGGAUAUUCCUCCUCAGACCCCUGUUAGGGGAGGAACUCCAGACCCCCUCCUACCUUUUUAACAUCCUCUGUUUAUUUAAUUCUUAAUACUUCUAGGGACAACCCUGAAUAGAGAGAGAGAGUAUGUUGAUGGGACAUCUGCAGAAAGACUGCAAAAUAUAUUUGCAUUAGUUAAGUUAGAUAUGUAUUGCACUUUUUGGUCACCUUCCUAGUAUACAGAUUUUCAAAGACGGGGAAUUUUUGGGUAGUGAUUGCAUUAAUAAGAAAACCAUUAUCAUUUUGUCAUUUCACUAUAGUUUUGGCUUUGAAUUUUUAUUAUUUCAAUAUACAUGUAUGUAAACUUAUGUAACAAGUAUAUGAAUAUGUAUUUUAUUUUGAAAGAAAUAUAUUUCAUUACCAACAUUAGUAUAAAUUAUAUACAUGUGCAUCUUUCCAAGUUUGAAUGUAACUAUAUUUACUAAUAGAUGAAUAUAGUAAAAGUAUUCAGGCCUCAAGACCAUAAACUGAGGGAAAAAAACUUAUGAAUAUCAGAAUAAAUAUAUCUUUUGGAAUGUUUGUAUAUGAAUAUUAUACAAUGCUUCAAUUCUUUAAACUUGUAUGUGAAAUAAAAAUCAUGAUUUUUAGAAUAAAAGUUUUAAGUUCUUAAUUUAUGGUUAUGAGGCCAGAUAUGAUCUCAAAUUGCAAGGCCUGUCUUUUUCCGAGUUUAACAUUGUAUAUUUCAUUAAGCACCUCUACCUCCUAAUUUUGUUUAGUGCUUCACAGAUUAUUUGUAUUUGUUCUUAUGCAUGUUGCUAUUGGUGUAAUAAAAAAAAAAUUGUGAAAAAUUA